CUACUGUUGGCUUUGGAGGGAAGUUUAAGCAUAAUCAACAAUUAUUCUACAGUGCACUUAUUCUUUGGCUGAACGAAAAAAAGCAUAUGGAAACUCCCGUCUUCACAAAUCGGUAACUCCCAUUAACAGAAAUCUUCAUCUUCACACAUCCAAAUUUCGUCCAAUAUUAACAAAUCUUCGACCGUCUCUAUGCAUCACAUUUGUGAAGAUAAUAUCAGGAAACCCGUUAUAACGACGGCGGCGGUGCUCGGAAAUCAAAUGCCCGGUUCUCCGGAUUUGGCUCUUGGAACCUUGUUGAUGAGACCAACAGUUUUAGCAGAACUUGAGAAAGAAAUCGCUCUUUUAGAAGAGAACUAUGGUUCGGUUCCGCAUGUUUAUUUGAUUUGUGAAAAUGAUAUUGUUACACACCAGAGAUUCCAAAACUGUGUUAUACACCAGAGAUUCCAGAACUGUGAUGAGGUGAAAAUGAUUUCUGGUGCAGAUCACAUGGCGAUGUUCUCUAAACCCAAAGAACUGUGUUUCUUCCUGCAAGAGAGAGCAGAAAAAUACUGAUUCCUAUACCAAUUUCUUUCUUUCCUCGUUUUUUCCCCCUUUUUUUGGGUUGUAGGAUGUAAGUUCCUGAUUUUGAGAUCACAUCAUUGUCUGAUUGUCGUGUUGUCUUUGCCCGUGACUCAAGAAAAAAAUUGUUUAUUGAAUGAAUAAUCUGAAUUUAUUGUGCA